GGUUGUCAAUUUGUAAUGGAGUGAGUGGCUGUUUUGUAAAUACUCCCCCAAACCCUCCUCUCUCUUUCAAUUUUCUAUAAAUUCCCACUCUCCCCCUUGCUAAUUCCAUCACUUAACGCAUCUUCCUCGCACUGUCUCUCCACUUCUCCUUUACUUCAAACACUAAGAAUGGCUGUUUCUUUCUACUUCUUCUUGGUGGGUUUUCUUGCAAUGGCAUCCUCUGUUCACGGUUAUGUCGGUGGUGGUUGGGUUGACGCCCACGCCACUUUCUAUGGUGGUGGUGACGCUUCAGGCACCAUGGGUGGGGCUUGUGGUUAUGGGAACCUAUACAGUCAAGGUUAUGGAACAAACACUGCUGCUCUGAGUACUGCCUUGUUCAACAAUGGUUUGGCUUGUGGGUCUUGCUAUGAGAUUCGGUGUGUGAAUGACAACAAAUGGUGCCUCCCUGGUUCAAUUGUGGUCACAGCCACUAAUUUCUGCCCACCAAACAAUGCACUCCCUAACAACAAUGGUGGGUGGUGCAACCCUCCCCAACAACACUUUGAUCUCUCUCAGCCUGUCUUCCAACACAUUGCCCAGUACAAAGCCGGAAUUGUCCCUGUUGCCUACAGAAGGGUACCUUGUAUGCGCAGAGGGGGCAUUAGGUUUACAAUAAAUGGGCACCAAUACUUCAACCUAAUUCUUGUCACCAACGUUGGUGGUGCUGGUGAUGUGCACUCUGUGUCAAUAAAGGGUUCAAGGACGGGUUGGCAGGCAAUGUCAAGGAACUGGGGCCAGAACUGGCAAAGCAACAGCCUUCUCAACGGACAAGCCCUCUCAUUUAAGGUCACCACCAGUGAUGGUCGUACUGUUGUGUCUUACAAUGUUGCCCCUGCUAAUUGGGGCUUUGGACAGACCUACUCCGGAGCCCAAUUCCGCUAGGGCUCUUCUUCAAAAGGCCCGGCCCAUAGUAUAUUUUGUAUUAAGAGACCAUUAGUUAGAGUAUUAGAAUACUAGUAGUGUGAAAAGGGGCUUAUUUUAUAAGGGUCCCCUUUAUAUCAUUUGGACUUUUAUUGGGGGGAGAGGGGCCCACCUGUAGUUGUGAUGGUGGGGUCCCUUUUGGCAGAGGUGGACUUUAACCACCCGCUAAGUUUAGUAUAUCUUUAUAAGAUUUUUAGGGACUUAUUAGUAACUGUCGUUUUAUAGUGAGACAAUUGCAAACAGCUUUGUGGUGUAUAUGUGUCUCCAUUCUCCACAGUUGGUCUUUAGUUUGAGACAACUGUAAAUUUCUUUUUUUUUUUUUUUUUUUUUAGUAAUGGAAAAUUGUACUAGUGUUUGUUA